AUUCUACUUAAUUAAGCCUUUUUCUGUAUUAUUCUUUCUUUCCCUCUCGUAAUUGUUAUAAGGGCAAUUACCCGCUUAGAGCAUAUCGCAGUACCUAACAAUCAAACUCUACGUAUAGUUACUGCCCCACAGUAUCUAGUCCCGCGCAUACCCGCUGCAAGUAAUUGCCGAAUUGAUGUAUUCAGCACGUAAACGUCAUGCGCUGUUUCCGUCCGAUCCUUUACAGCUGCAACUCAUUUCUCCCGUGUUCGUCUUACGCUAAUUAAACAUAGCUGUUCGUCUUCCCACAAGUCUAGGCGAGCUGUAGUAGUAGUACCUGGUGUACUUAGACGGAAUAAUGGCAGAUUCCUCUCAACCCCUCCGAAUCGGCUUCGUGCCGGAGCACUUCUCCACGCCGCUCUACUUUGCGCAGAAGUACUUCGGCCUCUCCGCUACCUUGAUCCCGUUUCCAUCCGGAAGCGGACACAUGAUCACUGCUAUCCGGGCUGGCGAAAUCGACAUUGGAAUCGGUCUCACGGAAGCGUGGGUAGCAGGGCUUGGCAAGGAAGAUACACCUGGCGAUGGUGGCUACCGGAUUGUCGGGACUUAUGUCGAGACGCCUCUUUGUUGGGCAAUUUCCACCGGCGCUAAGCGGCCUGAGAUUACAUCCGUAUCCUCGCUUAAGGGGUCUAAGAUCGGAAUCUCGCGCAUCGGCUCCGGAAGCCAGGUGAUGGGAUACGUGCUCGCGGACCAGCAAGGGUGGUUGACCCCGGGAAAGACACCAUACGAGGAUUUCGUGAUAUUGCAGAACUUCGCGAAUCUGAGGAACGCGGUCAACGAUGGCACUGCCGACUUCUUCAUGUGGGAGCACUUCACAUCUAAGCGGUACUACGACAGUGGGGAGAUACGCCGCGUGGGCGAGAUCUACACCCCCUGGAGCAGCUGGAAGAUCGUGGCGUCCACCGAGCGGGUGCUCUCGGGACCGAGCACGGAUCAAAGGCUACUGGACUUGUUCAAGAAGCUUGAUGAAGGCGUUAAGUAUUUUGGCGAGCAUCAAGACGAAGCGGUUAAGUACAUUAGUACCGAGCUGGACUACUCGGAGGCGGAUGCGAGGGAAUGGUUGAGUACUGUGCGGUUUGCUACCAAGACCGAGGGUGUUGAUUUGAAAGUUAUCAAGAGCUGUGUCGAUAUUCUACGCAAAGCGGGAGUCCUGGUUGAGGGUAAAGGCUUGCAGGCUGAGAGUAUGCUUAUCAAGGGCCUUGGUGCGCAAUUCCCGGAGUGAGACAUUACUAGGGUUUGUAUCAUACUGAAGAUAAAGAAAUGAAAAUCUCAUUUCUUCUAUAGCUGGAUAAUCUAUUUUUAUCUCUUAUUAUUGUCAUUUUGUCUCGGU